AGCCCAGGCGGCAGCUUUCCCCUCCCUUGGCACAGUUUGAUUCCCCUCUUCGUCCCUCUCGGCCUCUCCACCGCCGUCGCGGGCCAGCAUUUGCUUAGCCGCGAAGGAACGGCGCCGCCGCCGCCGUCGCGGGCCGCGGCCGGAGACCCUGCAUCCUGAACCCUAGCCGAGAUGCUGAGCUACCAGAGCCCGACGGCCCAGCGGACGUGCGCGGCCCCGCCGCUCCCGGCGGCCGCGGGCGCGGAGCUCGCGCGGCUCGAGGCGCGCCUGGGGCAGUGCGCCGACCCGGACGCGCGGCAGCGGCUCGCGGGGCUCGGCGAGGCGGCGGCGGCGCGGGUGCUGCGCGCGAUCGCCGAGUCCCGGACGCCCGUCAAGACGCUCUCCGGCUUCAUCAGGUACCUGGCGGACAGGGCCGACAAGGACUUCGAGGCGAUGCAGCGCAACGCGCGGGGCAUCCCUCCCGCCAAGAGCGCCGCCUGCUGCAGCUCCGGCCCUUCGCAGGGAGAUGACUCUGUAUCUGGGCCACAGUACCAUAGCGAUGAUCAAGUUGAGGUUCAAAGCCCUUACACUGAAGAGAUAGCUUUUCGUCUCUCAAACCGUGCUGGGAGUCCCAGUCAACCGCGGCCUAUCAAUUUGCAAGAUAACAUGGGUCCUGUCAGAGAAAUUGUUUGUAUAGAACAAAACGUGACCGCGAUGGCAGCUAAUACUCCAUCUGGCCGGGCCUCCUUGCAAAUCCAGGAUGACAUUCAGAUUAAUGAUCGUAUCCGAGCAAUGACUCCUGCUAUGAUGCCGGCAACAACCCAGCCCAGGAUGGCAGCCGAGAACCCAUCCUCAAUGACACCUGCUAUGAUGCCGGUUCCAACCCUGCCAUGGAUGGCAGGCGAGAACCCGCGCGCUUGGAUCCCGCUCCUGAACCUGGACUAUGUUCCUACUCCUGAUGUUAUGAUGCAGGGAGGUAGCCCUGGCCAUUGUGUGUCCAUUGGGCUGCAUAAUGAUAUGAGGAUUGAAAGCCCCAUACCAAAUGCCAUUCAUACACCUCCAAGGAGUGUUUCCACACCAAGCCCUGUGCGGGAUCUUUCAAGACCUGUUCAGCGAAUGGUUCUUCCGUCAGGAAGCCCACAUAGCCCAGCAUGGGCAAUGGCGCCAAGUUGUGCAACCUAUCAUGCCACAGAAAAUGCAUUGAGGGAGAAAGCAAGUCCUCAAAUGCAAGCACUGGAGGAAUUGGAGUUCAUGAAGAGAUUUAUGAUUUGUGCAUACCUUCGUCAGAAGAGGAUAGAAGAUGAACUAUCUGUGGACUAUAUUAGAUCCUUGAAGUACCUUUCCAUGGUUCAGUUUGAGCCAGAAAUCUGGAGAGCAUUUGGUUGCAAGUAUAUAAAAUUUUCAGAUAGAGUGAAGAACCUUGAUUCCGACCCAGGUGCACCAAGAGUCUACCAUUGUAUUGUAGAGAUAACAGGGGAUUCUGUAGUGAAACUUUUCAAGGGACCAUAUAUACAAAAUACGCGGACUCAUUUGCAAAAAAUUGUUGGUGAUGAUAACGUCCUCUUGGUAAAGUUUAUGGGGCAAUCUUCAGAAUCUGUGACUGAUUUUCUACCUUACCAUAAGGUUGCUGAAGAUGGUAUUAUUCUGGGUUUACGCCGCUACCGGUUUUUUGUUUACAAGGAUGGAGGAAAAGAUGAGAAAAAGAAAGAAGAGAAAAUAAAUUGGGAAAACAAGAACUGCGCUUCAGGCGUGAAAUGCUACUUUGUUCGCACAGAGUCUGGAUGGAAUAUGGAUGAACCUUACAUACUCUCUGGCAAGACAAUCAAUCAGGCUCGCAAACUAUUCAUGCACAUACAUACCGCUCCCACCUUGGCAAAAUACAUGGCCAGGUUUGCUUUGAUACUAUCGAAAACUAUCACAAUGGAGGUUAAUUUAUCAGCGGUUCAUGUUAUACAGCUUGAUGAUAAACCUUGCAGCGAUGAAAAUGGGGGAAUUGUUCAACGAGAUGGGGAACUCCUGAUCCAUACUGAUGGAACUGGCCUAAUAUCUGAAGAUUUGGCUGAGAAAUGCCCAACAAUUAUGUACAAGGGAAAACUUUUGAAGUCACAAGAUGUUCAGGCUUGUGAUGAUACACUUAUGACGUCUCCCCAUGCGAAGAAACAACGGCCUAUUGCCAGUAAACCUCCUCUUCUUAUUCAGUUCCGGAUGUUCUAUAAAGGAUCAGCUGUUAAGGGAACUGCAUUAAUUGACAGAAGGCUUCCUCCUGGAACUAUUCUUAUACGGCCAUCAAUGAUAAAAAUAAAAUCUGAUCCAAAAUUGUGUGGUGUACAGUCCAUUAACUCUUGGGAACUGAUAAAAAUGAAAGCUGAUCCAAAAUCAUAUUGUGUCCAGUCCGUCAACUCUUUGGAAAUAGUGACAACGAGCGCUAAACCGAAAAGGACAUUAACAUCGAAGCUCUUGAUUGCACUACUUCGCUAUGGAGGAGUUAAAGAAGAGUUCUUUAUGGAGCUUCUAGAAAAUGCAAUUGAAGGGGCUAAGACCGCUCAUUGUGAUUAUGAAGACGCACUAAACAUUGCAUUUGUCUAUGCGGACAUGGAGGAUUCGAUAUCAGCACGAAUGAUUCUGUCUGGAAUUCCACUAGAAGAUGCAUAUUUGCAAUCCAGGCUGGCUAUCAUGGCUCAACAAGAAAGAAAGGGAAUCAAGCAAGGAAAGCUACCAAUCAGUGAUUGCUUUUAUUUGAUGGGUACAACAGAUCCUACAGGGAAACUCAAAGCCAAUGAAGUUUGUGUGAUCCUUGAGAAUGGACCAUAUUGUGGAAAUGUGCUUGUCUAUAAACAUCCUGGGUUACACUUUGGUGAUAUACAUGUCUUGACAUCAAGAUAUAUCAAGGAUAUACAAGACGCAGUAGGAUAUUCAAGAUAUGCUAUACUUUUCCCUACCUCUGGCCCACGAUCUUUGGCCGAUGAGAUGGCCAAUAGUGAUUUUGAUGGGGACAUGUAUUGGGUCUCAAUAAAUGAACAGUUAUUAAAGCAGUUCAAGCCUUCUAAACCAUGGGAAUGGGGCCAAGUAAAUAAACCAGUACAGGCCGAGAAAAAGUGUCUUCUGGAUUUAGACGAACCCCUACUCGAGAGGAGUUUGUUUCAUGAAUUCUUAAAAGCAAGAUUUGCACGCAGUAAUGCGCUUGGCACAGCAGCUGAUAGUUGGUUAGUAUAUAUGGACCGACUGUUAACAGAUGGUGUUGAUGAAGAUGAAAGUAAUGUACUAGAAAAAAAGAUAAAGAAGUUGGUUGAUCUUUAUUAUUUGGCCCUGGACGCUCCAAAGGCCGGGACCAAGAUCAAUGUCCCUGCUGAGCUGACACCAAAAAAGUAUCCGCACUACAUGGAUCGAAAGGAAAGCUACCAUUCAACAUCCAUACUAGGAAAAAUUUAUGACGAAGCAGAAAAAAAGCAAUCUGAGAAAGUUGAACCAGUCGAGAUAUUGUUGGACCCGUGUUUCACGGAGAGAGCAGCAUCUUCAGGAUACAAGUACCUGAACCUCUGGGCAGGCCGUUAUCAGGAGUACUUGAGCGAGAGUGGGCCACUGAUUGACAAUCAGGACAAGGAAGAAACAGACCUGAAGUUCAAAGAACUCUACCAAAAGUACAAAUACAUGCUCUACGAUGCCGCUGAAUUCGAGCAAACCCAGAGGAACCUCGACGAAGUGUUCGACGAGGCCUGCACGAUCUACCAGAUCGUCUACGAGAAAGCAGCGAGGUUCAAGAAGGCUGGGAGAUGCGGUUUCGUGUGGAACGUGGCGGGCGGUGCGCUGUGCCGUUUCUACGCUCUCGAGGCCGAGGGCGACAAGGUGCUGGUCCCGUUGACGGUCGCUCGGAACCUCACGAAGAAGCGCCGUAGGUAGCAGCGACGAGACGGGCUGCUGUGACUUUGAUCGACUCCGUGUUGUAUAAAGUAGGCGUCUGUUGUGGCUCGUAAUAACAGGUGUGGACGUUUCAAACCGAUGGGUUGACUGCAGGCUGUAUUUAUUCGUACCUGCCUCAAGCUUGUGGUGUGUGUGUGUGCGCUCGAAGUGCGCGUUGUAUUGCCACCAAGAAUCCCACUUGUAUUCAGAGAUGGCAUGUCAUCUCCCUGUUCGUUGCGUAUCCUCUGUGUAAUCUUCUCAGAACCUUAACGUUAAUGCAAUGCAGUGUAGCCAGAUACAAUGUCACGCUGCAA